AUGGAUGUGGCAGAUGAAUGCUUAAAGAGGCAGGGUCGAGGGAUUGAUGACCCACAGCAUGAAGUGAGCAUGAUGUUUAUUAAACAUUGUCCUGACAGAGCUCUUGCGAGUGUCUUCAAGUUUAAGUCUGCAGAGAAGUGGACAGCAAGCGAGAUUCAGGAAAGAAACUUCAGGACGGACUGCUCAGUGUGGGAUACCUACACCAGCUACACCACUGACUACUGGGGUGUCUUUCCCCUGGUCACUGGAAGCGAAAUUGCCCUCAGCAAUCUGCACAUGUGCUUCGGUCUGACAACAGACCUUUUUGAGGAUACCUGUGCCAAGGCACCAAAGGGUUCAAGAGUGGUCAUUCAAGCAGCACAGAAGCUUCAAGCUUUCAGUGAACUGUUUUAUUCCCCUGUCCUCAUUAACCACAGCGUGCAGCUCAAAGGCAUGCUGGACUCUGGCUCCAUGGCAUGCAGUAUCAGUGACCAAGCGGUGGAAAAACUGAGUUCUGCUGGGAUCUUGCCAGAAAAGCAGCACCCUCAAGAAAGCAUUAUUCUUGUGGGGUGUGGUGGACUGCAAACUAAGCCUGAUGGAUUUUUUCAGCUGGAGAUGGAAGUAUUUGGCAUCUCUUGUAGUGUACCCACGUUGGUUGUGCCUGGUCAGCAUGAUGAUCUGAUUUUGGGCUCGAAUGUUAUUAAACACAUCAUGCAUGUUUUGAAACAGGAUGAGAAAUACAGGGGAAAUGCAUUGAAAAAUGACUCUGACCCUGAAAUCGGGCAGUUUUUGUCAAUGUUUACAAAUGUUGAACACUGGAGGGGUGAAGAAGUUCCAGACAAAAUUGGCACUGUCAAGUUAACCCAGGCAGUCACCCUCUUACCCAGACAUGAGCACUUAAUCUGGGGUAAGCUUCCUGUCAAAGUUCCCAUGUCCCCCGGGAGCACUGUCCUUGUCGAACCUACCAGCUCAAGAGCUGCCCCACGGGGUGCUCUAGUGGGUCGGCUCAUCACACCAUUGUGGGGUGAUAGAUGGGUGCCUUUGACAGUAGUGAACCCUUCUGACAAGCCAUUGAUGUUGAAAAAGAACAGCAAGUUAGCUGAUGUCUCUCCAUGUUUAGCAGUUGAGGACUUUGAUGUUUUCCAGGGUCUGCACAUGGCUGUAGAGGAUCAGCAGAAGUAUUCUCAGCAACAGCUACGACAGCUGUCGGCUACAAACAGUAACAAUGUUUCUUUGGAAAGUCUGUGUGAUAUGGGUUUGGGGGCUAUUGACUUGGACCUUUGCGAGGUUAGUGAAAGUUGCAAGUCCCAACUCAUAAAGUUGCUGAUGGAGUAUCGUGACAUUUUUUCUAAGGAUUCCCUGGACUGCGGCAGAGUGCAUGGUUACACCCACCGCAUACGGCUGACAGACGACAGACCCUUCCGGUUACCGUACCGCAGAGUUCCUCCUGCACAUUAUGAAAAAUUGAGACUGGCUCUGACUGAGAUGGAGGAAAAGGGAAUCAUUAGGAAGUCCUCAAGUGACUAUGCCUCCCCUCUGGUGAUGGUAUGGAAGAAAGAUGGGGGGCUUCGUAUCUGCAAUGACUUCAGGUGGCUGAAUGCUCGCACGGUUAAAGAUGCCCAUCCCUUGCCUCACCAGUCUGACUGUUUGGCUGCACUUGGGGGGAAUUGCAUAUUUAGCACAAUGGACCUUACUUCAGGGUUUUUCAACAUUCCAAUGCAUGAACAUGACAAAAAAUACACAGCCUUUACGACUCCCCUUGGACUGUAUGAAUACAAUUGCAUGCCACAGGGGCUUUGCAACAGCCCAGCCUCAUUCAUGCGGAUGAUGGUUGGAAUUUUUGGGGACAUGAACUUCACAAAAUUGUUGUGUUACCUCGAUGACUUGCUUGUAUUUGCUCCAUCAGAGGAUGAGGCCCUAUUGAGACUUCAAGUGGUUUUCCAGAGGCUGAGGGAGAACAAUCUUAAGCUGGCUCCCAAAAAGUGCCAUCUGAUGAGAAGAAGGGUGCGUUUUUUGGGACAUGUCAUUGAUGGCAAUGGCGUGUCUGUAGACCCAGACAAGGUGGAGGUGAUCUCCAAAAUGACUCCUUCUGACCUCAUGGAAGAUAAGUCUUUCCUAGCGGGACAGAAAAGGAGAGGACGCAUGGCGAAGGACAGGAAACUACAAGGUGUUUAUCGUAAACUCAUACCUAAUGACUGGACUGAGGGAUGUGAGCAGGCUUUCCAUAAGUUAAAAACCAUGUUGUUGGAAUGUGUCAUGCUUGCUCACCCAGAUUUUGAUGAACCAUUUAUCUUAUCCGUUGAUGCAUCUUUGGAUGGUCUUGGAGCAGUGCUAUCACAAGUUCCCAGAGGACAAACCAAAGCGCGACCUGUUGCAUUUGCGAGCAAGACUCUGAGUGCAUCACAGCGGAAGUAUCCAGCUCACAGAUUAGAGUUCAUGGCUCUUAAGUGGAGCGUCUGUGAAAAGUUUAGUCAUUGGCUGAAGGGGCGUCACUUUACCAUCUGGACGGAUAAUAACCCCCUGACUUAUCUCCUGACAAAACCAAAGCUUGAUGCAUGCGAAAUCCGCUGGGUGUCAAAGCUUGCUUCUUAUUCCUUUGACCUUAAACACCUGGCUGGGAGAAAAAAUGUGGUUGCAGAUGCUCUCAGUCGUGACCCCUUUGCAACACCAAUCAGUCACAGGUUGUUGGAAGAGUCAUAUCUGUCUCUUACACAAGAAGCUGACCGGGUUGAUGAAGAUCGUGUGCAGAGCGCCUUCAAGUUCAGCUGUCAGCCAGAACAUGAUAAAUCAAGGGAUUAUCCAUCACUGAAGGUUGUUUAUGACUCAGCUGAGAUCCAAGCCCUGUGUCAGUCCCACUGUGACUGGAUUUCAGGAGCAGAAUCGAGGGCGUUGCAGUUGACACAACAAACUCAACACAUGCAAUGUGGGCAAGGUGAAUUUCCAGUUCUCUCUAUUCAGGAACUGCAGUCCAGUCAAGAGCAGGAUGCAGUCAUCUCUAAGGUUUUACCCUUUGUCGCCACCAGGACGAGACCAUCUAAGCGUGAGAGGCGAUGUUCAGACAUAAAGGUUGUCAGAAUGCUGAAUCAAUGGGAUAAGCUGGAAAUUCGGGAUGGUGUAAUGUAUCGAGUGACGAAGAACCCUGUGACCAAGCAGAAGAGGUUCCAGUUUGUGCUUCCCCAGUGUUUACGAGACAAAGCAUUAUCUGGCAUCCAUGAUCUGGCAGGGCACCAAGGACAAGACCGCACUUUGUCUCUUGCUAGGCAGAGUUUCUAUUGGCCAGACAUGGAAAAAGAUGUGCAACGUAUACAUUCUGACCAGGGCACAAAUUUUGAAAGCAAACUGAUUGCAGAACUUCUCCAGUUGGCAGGCGUUGCUAAAUCCCAUACCACGGCUUACCAUCCUAUGGGAAAUGGUGUGACAGAGCGAUUUAAUCGCACCUUGGGUUCGAUGCUUCGUACCCUUCCUCUUAAAGAGAAGCAAAGGUGGCCAGAACAAAUCCAGACACUUACAUUUGUUUACAACGCAACUGUUCAUGAGACGACUGGGUACGCACCGUUUUACCUGAUGUUCGGGCGGAUUCCAAGACUGCCGGUGGACGUUCUGUUUAAGCCUGUCCUGAAUGACCCUGCUUUUGCUGAUUACGAUUCAUAUGUCAAGACUCUCUUUUCCUCUUUGAGGAAUGCGGUGGAAAUUGCUCAGAAACAUUCCCUUACUGAACAACAACACCAGUCCAGUCAGUACAACAAGCGCACAAAGGGCACUCAUUUGUCAGUUGGUGACAGAGUUCUUGUAGCAAAUAAGGGAGAGCGAGGGAAGCGUAAACUGGCUGACAGGUCAGAUAAUGAGGGAACAACGGAUUUCUCAGUCAACAGUGAUGGGUUAGGGUACAGCACCGUCAACAGUGGGGACGGGAGUCUCUCGUUCCCUGGUGACUCACUAUUGGACGUGGAUGUGACUGACGUGUCUUGUUCCACCACACCGGUGCUGUCGGGUGUCCCUGAGCUACAGACUCAGUCGCAGUCUGACAGUGAUGAACAUGGCAGUUUGACCUUGCCAGCUCCGGCGGCAUCACUUAAUGAAGGUAUGUACAUCUAG